GUAAUGCGGGUCUUGGUAUUUCUCCUCCUGUUCGUACUACCAGCAGCUUCAUGUUACAAAAUCCUAGUGAGCGUCCCGAAAUUCGGGUUCAGUCACAUGCAGACAAUGGGCAAGCUGGCAGAUAUUCUCGUGGAGGCCGGGCAUGAUGUGACAUUCCUAAUGCCAGUCGACGUGCCAAUCCCUCAAAAUGGAACUGAACUUGCCAAGGUGGUCCUGGUGCCGACUACCGACGCUAUUAAUGAGAUUAUGGGACAUGCUAUGAAAAGCGGUGCUGUCGCGAAUUUGUGGACUCACUCGGCAAACUCAAAGCAAGGAAUUAUGUGGUCAACUGAUAUGAUUGGACAAGUUUCUUAUCAUAACACAAAAAACCUAAUCGACAAUAAGGCUUUGGUGCAGCAGAUGAAGGAUGAGAAGUUCGACAUUGGAAUUACUGAGCUCUUCGAUUUUUCGGGCCUCGCAUUUUUCGAGGUUAUCGGCUUGAAAAAUGUGAUGGGAGCCCAUACGACAAGUGUCUUUGAGGGAACACUCAUGGCUACCGGAGCCCCAAUUCUUCCGUCUUUUGUUCCAGCUUCGCAGACUUUUACAGAUGAUAGUGGAAGUAUACUAUCUAGACUGAACAACUUGUACAUGACUUAUUGGUCAUACCAGUUUCAGAAUAAGAUUCAAAGUUUUGCGCAGAAGGCGCUGGAUGAGCAUUAUGAGAAGGGCAAGGCGCCAAAGAUUUGGAAUCUCGUUAGCGACAUCACAUGGUUCUUCGUCAACUCGGAUCCGAUCUUCGAUUUCCCGAAACCUCUUCCCCAAAAUAUCGUAGAAAUCGCCGGGAUUUCAGUGCCAGAAAUCAAGCCAGUUGGCAAGGAGUGGGAUGAAAUUUUGAGCAAACGAUCGAAAAAUGUGCUCGUUUCAUUUGGAUCUAUAGCUUCACCUACUACGAUGCCUGAAGCCGUCAAAAAAUCGAUUGUAGACGCGUUUGCGGCGUUCCCCGAUGUUACAUUCAUCUGGAAAUACGACGAUACGGAAUCAAAGUUGACCGCCCAUCUUGAUAAUGUUCAUAUUGUCAAGUGGAUGCCACAGAAUGAUCUUUUGGCCGACAAACGAAUCUCAAUGUUCUGGACACAUGGUGGAAUGGGAAGCUUAAUGGAAAGUGCUCAAAAGUCUGUUCCGCUCGUCGUAGUCCCGAUUUUCGGUGACCAAAUGCGCAAUGCACAGAUCGCGAAGAGACACGGCGUGGCACUGAUCUACGAUAAAAUGGACUUGAGCAACACGAAAAAGCUCAUUGGAGCAUUGAAAGAAGUGCUCGAGAAUCCGGAAUACAAAAAAUCGGCGGAACUUCUCGCGCGGAUCCUUGCCACUGAGAGGUUCUCCCCGCGGCAAAAGAUCAUUGAUACGGUGGAGAUGGCUGGAAGGUUCGGGCAAAUGCCCAGGUGGACGUCUGCUGGAAAAGAAUUCUCGUUUUUGAAAUAUUUCAAUUUGGAUCUAGUGAUCAUUGCAGUUUUUAUAUUUUUUCUGUCAAUUGUCUCGACGGUACUGUUGAUUAGACACCUGCUCGCGAAACUUGGUUUCUCUGGAGAUAAGGAGAAAUCUGAGUAGAAUUCGCUGGGAGAGAUGGGAUGUUGUAUAAAUUUCGUGCAUUUUUUUGGUUUGAAAUUUGAAAUAAAACUUUAUGGAAUU